GUCCGAAGAAAUCCGCUUAAAACAUUGUACAUGAAGUUGUUGAUGGUGCAACAAGAGUUUAUUGUUCCAAAUAAUUACUUGAAAAGAGGGAUGGAGAAGUUCUGUGGUGGGGAAACUAUUUGGAACACAAGUUUGACAUGGGGAGAUGAUAGAAGUUACCCAGGGUUCACAGAAUGUUUCCAGAACAGUGUGUUGAUAUGGAUCCCCAGUGGGUGGUUGUGGCUGACCUUGCCGUUCUACCUACUAUAUCUAUUGUCUCAGAAAACCAACGCCUUGACAAGCUCCUGGAAGAACCAUUCAAAAUUGUGUAUAGCCACGUUGCAGCUUAUAAUUAUAGUUAUAGAAUUGUCCUAUGGUGCCGCUGAGUUGAACAGAAAAAAUGAAACAUAUUUCCAAGCUUACUUCAUUGGUCCUUUGAUAGAGGCAUUGACUAUUAUUUUGGUAGCAUGCUAUAUAGAGAUAGAGAGAAGGAAGGGAUUUAUAACUUCUGGUGUACUGUUUAUGUACUGGGUUCUGGCAAAUAUCACCUAUAUCAUUCCAUUCUACCGUAAAAUCAUUGAAAAGGGUUAUCAUGAGGAGCCACUAGAUUUUGUGCUCUUCAAUGUGUACUAUUUUCUAAGUCUAAUCCAGUUGGUAUUGAGUUGUAUAGCUGAAACACUGCCAACACCUGAGGGGAAGAGACCUUGUCCAGAAACUCGAGCCUCAUUCUUUUCAAGAAUAACUUACCACUGGAUACAGAGGUUGGUUGUGACUGGUUAUAGAAAACCUCUGACAGAAGAUGACAUGUUUGCAUUAAAUCCACGGGACCAGUCUAGAACAGUUGUGGAUAAAUUCGAAUAUCACUGGAGAGAGCAAGAAGUCAAGUUAAAACAAAAAUUAGCUUGGAAUAGAAGCUUGCAAGCACAUGUUCAUUUGGGUGAAAAUUCAAUUCAGGAAGACUGUGAAAUAUCAGAAUCAACACCCCUUCUUGCACCUCAUUCAAGCAAGUCACAGGAUAAGUCACAUGGUCAUGGCAAAGAUGCUAAAAAUAGAAUCUCCCUUCCACUAGUGCUAUUGAAGACAUUUGGCUGGGAUCUUUUUGUGAGCAACAUAUGGAAACUGAUAUAUGAUGUACUGGUGUUUGUCAAUCCAUUCCUUUUACAGCUAUUGAUAGAUUUUGCAGUGGACAGCAGUAAACCAGUAUGGAAAGGUUAUGUUUACAGCGUGGCAUUCUUUGCUGUUAUAUCGGUCCAAUCAUUCUCCUUCCAUUUCUUAAUGCAUCAGACUAUGACCAUCGGAAUUAGAAUGAGAUCUGCACUGAUAUCUGCAGUAUUUAAAAAGUCAUUAAAAAUGAACAAUCAGGCAAGAACAGAAUCAACAGUUGGUGAAGUAGUGAAUAUGAUGUCUGUAGAUGCUGAACAUAUCAAAGAAAUCUCAGGCUAUCUGUGGGGUGUAUGGUCCAGUCCCCUUCAAAUCAUCGGCUCAAUAGUGUACUUGUACUUCACCGUCGGUUACGCUAUGUUUGCCGGUCUAGGGGUCAUGAUACUGUUAGUGCCGUUAAAUAUGGUGAUUUUAGAUAAGGUGCAGAAAUACCAGACUCUGAUAAUGGAGAGGAAAGAUGACCGGAUAAAAUUGAUGACAGAAAUUCUGAAUGGGAUAAAGAUAUUGAAGUUGUAUGCUUGGGAGAUGGCAUUUGGUGACAAAGUGACUGAAAUUAGAAAGCAGGAGCUGGCACAGUUACUGAAGGGGGAACUUCUCAACUGUAUCUCGUUGUUCUCCUGGACUGUGGCACCAUUUACUGUUGGACUAGCAACAUUCGCUACUUACAUCUACACGCAAGACGAUCACAAGUUUGAUCCCCAGGCAGCUUUUGUUGCUGUGACGUUGUUCAACAUUUUAAGAUUUGCCUUGAAUAUCGCACCGAUUAUGUUUAUGGAACUUAUCCGGGCAUCUGUGUCUAUAAAAAGAAUGGGGAAAUUCCUGAAUAAUGAGGAUCUGGAUUUUACGAGUGUUUCCCAUCAUUCCUCAGAGAGUGCUAUCACAGUAGAAGAUGGGACAUUUUCAUGGGAUCCUGAAUUAGGACCAUGUUUGAAAGAUAUAAAUAUGAAGGUACCAAAAGGAAGUCUUGUGGCAGUAGUAGGAGUUGUAGGGGCAGGAAAAUCUUCCUUGAUGUCAGCAAUACUGGGAGAAAUGGACAAGGUCAAAGGUCAAGUUAAUGUAGAUGGAAGUACAGCAUAUGUCCCCCAGCAAGCCUGGAUCCAGAAUGCUACAGUAAAAGACAAUAUCUUAUUUGGUAAGCAGUUGGUCAGUAAGAGAUACCAGAAGAUUAUCGAAGCUUGUGCCCUCAAGAAUGACCUUGACAUUCUACAGGCGGGAGAUAUGACUGAGAUAGGAGAAAAGGGUAUAAAUUUAAGUGGUGGACAAAAACAGAGGAUCAGCCUGGCAAGAGCUGUGUAUUUUGACAGUGAUACAUAUCUUCUAGAUGAUCCACUGAGUGCUGUGGACUCGCAUGUUGGUAAACACAUCUUUGAAAAUGUCAUUGGAAAAGAAGGACUUCUCAACAAAAAGACAAGAGUUUUGGUUACACAUGGUAUCCAUUGGUUACCAAAUGUUGACAUGAUAUUUGUGGUUACCAAUGGUGCCAUAUCCGAAGUGGGAUCGUAUGAUGAAUUGCUAAGUCAUGAUGGAGAAUUUGCUAAGUUUCUGCGGACCUACUUAAUAGAGCAUGAGGAAUCUGAGGAAGAGGAGGAGGAUGAGGAAGCACAGAAACUGAAGGAAGUGAUACUGCAACGUCUUGUCUCUAUACAGUCUGACAGUGAGGCAGAACAUCUUGAAAACAUUUUAGUCAAAAGGUCAAAGUCAUUAAGGAUAUCAGAAUCGGAGAAAAGUCACAAAGACGACCAUACAAAGUCAUAUAAGACGCAGGCAUCUGUGAUGUCAGAGAAGGAAAGCGAAGUAGACGAGGCUAAAUUGAUUGAAGAAGAGGAGUUAGAAGUGGGAAAUGUUCGGUUUUCAGUUUUCAUGUCUUACGCUAGAGCUGUGGGUCUCAAGUCAUCCCUAGUAAUUAUCAUCUUGUAUGGUGUGUAUCAGAUAUUCUCAGUGUGGUCCAGUGUAUGGCUCACUGAUUGGACAUCAGAUGUAAAGUUACAGAACUUGACAUACUGGCCAGCCAACAGUUCAGAAAGAAGACACAAGAAUGACUAUUAUCUGGGUAUAUAUGGUGCUUUUGGUAUAGCACAAGGUGUUCUUGUCAUUUCUUACUCCAUUCUUCAAGCAAUCCGUUGUGUCCAAGCUUCUAAAAUACUUCACGAAAACAUGCUGACCAACGUAUUACGCGGACCAAUGUGGUUCUUCGAUACAACACCAGUGGGGCGCAUUGUGAACCGGUUUUCUCAAGAUAUCGAGGCGAUAGACACUACACUGCCACACAUGUUUGUUGAAGUGUUGUACUGUUUUUAUCUGGUAAUGAGCAUACUGAUAGUUAUAUCCUACAGCACACCUGUAUUCCUGAGUGUCAUCCUUCCACUUGGAGUUAUAUAUAUCAUGUUACAGAGAUUCUAUAUACCUACCUCAAGACAAUUAAAGAGAUUAGAGUCUAAAACCAGGUCACCAAUUUACAACAACUUCAGUGAGAGUCUCACAGGUGCCAGUGUUAUACGAGCUUUCAACGUGCAAGAUAGGUUUAUAGAUGAGUCGGAACAUAGAGUGGACUUCAACCAGGAAUAUGCAUUUGCUAGUAACACCGUAAACAGGUGGCUUGGUUUCCGUCUAGAGAUAAUGGGAGCAGUCAUUGUACUGGCUGCCUCACUGUUUGCUGUCGUCGAGAGAAAUAACAUCAAUGGGGCACUAGUGGGGUUAUCAGUGUCCUAUGCUUUACAGGUAAGAAAGCUUUUGACCAGAGUCAAAGAAGACACAAGUGGAAGUGUGGAGGUCAAUGACCUCUUCAAUGCGUGUAAGUUUGAAAUGGAAGAGUGCGGUGCAAAAAACAUUGCCUCAAAACGUGUGUUUGUCGACCACAUUAUUAAAGUCUACCCGACUGAUGAGAAGAAAAGAGUCCAGAAAUUACGGAAAUCAACUGUGACACAGUGUACGGGAAUAAGUAUAGUACCUGUUGAUAUGAAUAUACCUGUGAAUGUGAAUCUGAUUACAGUAAAUGACAUUCUUACGAAAUGUGAAAGUGAUAUUAAAAUUGUGGAAGAAAGCUCAAAUACGUUAAAGUGCAGCCUAGAAACAACAUGCAAAAGUAAUGAUAAUUCUAUAAUGAAAGUGAUAACUUUUACAGAUUCCGGUGAGUGGAAAUUAGUAAUCAGUGACCAAAAUGUUGAUCUUGACCAGAUUCAGAUAUCAAAUACAUAUCAGUCAAACACAGAAGGAGUACAAGAAAGUAAUAAGUGCUGCCAGAAAAGUGCAAUUAUGUGA